AAGUAGCGCUUGUGAGCCAGUCUUCUUGCAGCAGGCGCGCGGCCGGCUGCUUGUUGCAGUGCGCGGUGCGAACUAUCACACACGAGUUCGCGGUCAUAGGCUCGAACGAACAUCGAAAUCGACGGUCAGUGCGGUGACCAUGAUGAUGGACAACGGGGUGUUAACAAAUAAUUAUGAGUAUGGGGACGGAUACAUGGAACAGGAGGAGGAGUGGGAACGCGAGGGUCUCUUAGACCCGGCCUGGGAGAAACAACAGAAAAAGACUUUCACAGCAUGGUGUAACAGCCACUUGCGUAAAGCCGGAACUGGUAUCGAGAACAUCGACGAGGACUUCCGCAAUGGCCUGAAGCUCAUGUUACUGCUGGAAGUCAUCUCCGGGGAAACCCUGCCCAAACCAGACCGUGGCAAGAUGCGCUUCCACAAAAUCGCCAACGUCAACAAGGCGCUAGACUUCAUCGCUUCAAAAGGCGUGAAGCUAGUGUCCAUCGGUGCUGAAGAAAUCGUCGAUGGUAACCUAAAAAUGACGUUGGGUAUGAUCUGGACCAUCAUCUUGAGAUUCGCCAUCCAGGACAUCUCAGUAGAAGAAAUGACCGCCAAGGAGGGUCUACUAUUGUGGUGUCAACGCAAGACAGCUCCAUACAAGAACGUGAACGUACAGAACUUCCACCUGUCGUUCAAGGACGGUCUCGCAUUCUGCGCCCUCAUCCAUAGGCACAGGCCUGACCUGAUCGACUACAGCAAGCUCUCCAAGGACAACCCACUAGAGAACUUGAACACCGCCUUCGAUGUCGCCGAGAAGUAUCUCGAUAUUCCACGCAUGUUGGAUCCAGAUGACCUUAUAAACACCCCAAAGCCGGACGAGCGCGCCAUAAUGACCUAUGUGUCAUGUUACUACCACGCCUUCCAAGGCGCGCAGCAGGUACAAUAUGAGAAUCUGCAAAACACUGCGAUGCCGGACGAACGGGCGGUCAUGACAUACGUAUCUUCGUACUACCAUUGCUUCUCAGGCGCUCAAAAGGCUGAAACGGCCGCGAACCGCAUCUGUAAAGUUCUCAAAGUUAACCAGGAGAACGAACGCCUUAUGGAGGAGUACGAGCGACUUGCCAGUGACUUACUGGAAUGGAUCCGCCGCACAAUGCCGUGGUUGAACAGCCGCCAGACCGACAACUCGCUUGCUGGCUGCCAGAAGAAACUCGAAGACUACCGUACUUACAGGCGCAAGCACAAGCCACCCCGCGUAGAGCAGAAGGCAAAGCUGGAGACCAACUUCAACACGCUGCAAACUAAACUUCGCCUCAGCAACAGGCCCGCCUAUAUGCCCACUGAAGGCAAAAUGGUUUCUGACAUCGCGCAAGCCUGGAAAGGUCUGGAAAUCGCUGAGAAAGCGUUCGAAGAAUGGCUCCUGAGCGAGAUGAUGCGUCUCGAGCGUCUUGAAUAUCUGGCGCAGAAGUUCAAGCACAAGGCUGACAUCCAUGAAGAUUGGACCAGAGGCAAGGAAGAAAUGCUGCAAUCGCAAGACUUCCGCCAGUGCAAGCUGUACGACAUCAAGGCGCUCAAGAAGAAGCACGAGGCCUUCGAGUCCGACCUCGCCGCGCACCAGGACCGCGUCGAGCAGAUCGCCGCUAUCGCUCAAGAGCUUAACACGCUGGAGUACCACGAGGUGGGCGCGGUGAACGCGCGCUGCCAGCGCAUCUGCUCGCAGUGGGACCGGCUGGGCGCGCUGACGCAGCGGCGCCGCGCCGCGCUCGACGACGCCGAGCGCGUGCUCGAGCAGAUCGACCUGCUGCACCUGGAGUUCGCCAAGCGCGCCGCGCCCUUCAACAACUGGCUGGACGGCACCCGCGAGGACCUGGUGGACAUGUUCAUCGUGCACACCAUCGAGGAGAUCUCCGGCCUCAUGGACGCGCACGCUCGCUUCAAGGCCACUCUCGGAGAGGCUGAUAAGGAAUACCAGGCAAUUGUCAACCUCGUUCACCAAGUGGAGUCGAUCGUGAAGCAACACCAAAUCCCUGGCGGACUUGAGAACCCCUACACUACAUUAACCGCACACGAGCUGAACCGCAAGUGGUCGGACGUGCGGCAGCUGGUGCCGCAGCGCGACGGCACGCUGGCGGCCGAGCUCCGCAAGCAGCAGAACAACGAGACGCUGCGCCGCCAGUUCGCCGAGAAGGCCAACGCCGUCGGGCCCUGGAUCGAGCGCCAGAUGGACGCCGUCACCGCGAUCGGCAUGGGCCUACAGGGCUCGCUAGAAGACCAGCUGCACCGGCUGAAGGAGUACGAGGCGGGCGUGUACGCGUACAAGCCGCACAUCGAGGAGCUCGAGCGCAUCCACCAGGCCGUGCAGGAGGGCAUGAUCUUCGAGAACAGGUAUUCCCAAUACACCAUGGAGACGCUCCGCGUAGGCUGGGAGCAGCUGCUGACAUCCAUCAAUCGCACCAUCAACGAGGUGGAGAACCAGAUCCUCACGCGCGACUCCAAGGGCAUCACGCAAGAACAGCUCACCGAGUUCCGCGCCUCCUUCAACCACUUCGACAAGAACCGCACAGGACGAUUGGCACCUGAGGAGCUGAAAUCGUGCCUGGUGUCUCUCGGCUACAGUAUCGGCAAGGACAGACAGGGUGAACUGGACUUCCAACGCAUUCUUGCUGUCGUCGACCCUAACAAUACUGGCUACGUAUCGUUUGAUGCGUUCUUGGACUUCAUGACGAGGGAAUCUACCGAUACUGACACAGCUGAACAAGUCAUCGACAGCUUUAGGAUCUUAGCUGGAGACAAGCCGUUCAUAACCGCGGAGGAGCUGCGGCGCGAGCUGCCGCCCGACCAGGCGGAGUACUGCGUGUCGCGCAUGCCGCCGUACCGCGCGCCCGGCGCCCCGCCCGGCGCGCUCGACUACAUGGCCUUCUCCACCGCGCUCUACGGCGAGACCGACCUCUAGACCUAUCUUUGCCAUAAAGUCAAGAACAAGCGACAAAGGGUAGAGACCUUUCGAAGAACAUAAGAUCUGCACUCCGCCAACUGAAGCAAAAUUAUACUAACACGGUGGAUUAUUUAGUCAUGGAAUUUUGCGAAAAAUUAUAUCACUUGCGUUGAUCAUAUCACGCCGCCCUAAGCAUGGUCAACAUAAGCGAACGAUUUUUGCAAUAAGUUGUUUUAACAGUUUAAGUAUGUGCAAUGUCAAACCAAAAAUGUCAUUAACUUUGAGAAAUUUUACUCCCUAAAAUAUGGACUUUUGGCUCAAAUCUGGAGAAACUUUGUAUGUUUACAAUUCUAUUUAUAUUAGAUUUAGGUAUUUUAACUUUUGUACGAGACCAUCAGAGAAGUCACAAAACAUUUAUUUGUAAGUUAAAAUGGUGCUAAUAUUAGGCUCACUAAUGUGUGACACCAAAUUAAGACUCAUUCAUAUUGUGAGAAUGUUUUGUUAUAUUUUAUUUUAAGCAAGCAUUAUUUAUACAAAUCAAAUUUUAUUACUGCCAUUAGUAAUUUAACUGAAAUGGUAGGAAAUACAUACCAUGUAAGCAAGAUAUUCAACAGUGUUGCAAGGAAUAAUCAUACAAAUUAUUUAUUUAUUCAAUAGAUUGCCACACCUUGCCCGCAUCUAUUUAUUAUCAUUUGAAUGUCAUUUUAUAUAAUCGUUUGUGAGAGUAUUUUUGGUUGAGUACUCUAAAUAAAUGAUCUGCCAUAUUUUAGUCUUUUAAUAAUGACUGUGUUGUUAAUUCAACCAAUUAUAUUAUUAUGAGGAAGAAGUGGGAUGUAGGCUAAGAAUGAAUUAUGUGCCCAAAAAGUAUACUAACUCGAAUGUACAGCUAAAUUAAUAAAGAGCUCU